AUGCUUUCGACUGGCGAGGCGACCUCUUCCUCUGCCACACCGCAUGCGCUAUUCUCCUAUGCGGCUCUGUACUUGAUGAUCAAGAGUAGCAUGGGUCCACUCUUGGCACAGGCCUCGAAAGCUUCAAAACAGCUAUCGGGCCGAGGAGACGAAGCAAAUCAUGGCCAACCGGGCGAGUUCGGGUCCCAUGGCGCUUCCUCGGCGCUGAAUGGAAAGCACUCGGCACUUGAGAGCGAGCCGACAGCCACCCACAACCACGACGGGAAGAGCCAGAUACAGACUCGGAAAGACGAGACGUGGUUCCAUGGCCGCCACCAUGCUCGGCCCUCGUCGUCCUCGACCACUACCACCAAGUCCAUCUUCCAUCCGCGCCCACGCCACGAGAUAUACAUGAAGCAAUGCCAGGUCAGCAUGACGCUGCAGGCGCACACCCUCCGGCUCUGCGACCUGAUGAGCCGCUACCACGCCACCAUGGCCACGUCAGUGCACGGCGAGACCAGAAAGAUCAAAAGACGGGCCAGGAAGCAAGUUGGCGAACUGCGCGGGCAGAUCAAGCAGGCGGCCGAGCAGGAAAAGGACAUCUUCAUGCGGCUGAGCGACCUGUUUCUCGAGGCCAGGAGUCGGGAAAUGCUGGACUUUUCCCCGCUCCAUCCGAGCUGGGCACCGGGCUUGGACAGCGGUGUCCAAGGCGGCAGCAAUGUCGACGCGGCUCAGGAAGGGCCUCGGUCGAACUUGGGCCUCAACGGGGCCACGGCCGCGUUCAUCCCCCAGAGAGGCUUGUCUCUGGACCGGCAGACGGACAGCGCCGUUUCGAUUCCGACUGGUACGGAUGACGAGCAUAGCGAGAUGGAGGACGGGUCGACGGUCAGCCAUGGGGCCGAGAGCAGCGGAUACAGGCUCGCAGCGGGGUACGUGAUGACGACGGGCGGCGGGACCGGUCCCGAAGUGCGACCACGGGCACGGCGGCUGAGCGAAGAUGAUGCGGAGGUGAUUCUGGGGUCAAGACGUCGACGGCUUAGUUUGCCAGACAUGGUGUGCGCCUGGCCACCUUGA